GAAUGAGAGAAUGUAUAUAACAUUUAUGUUAACUAACUCACUACUAAGUAUUUAUUUGACUGAUAUUGCACUAAUAUAUGAUGUAUUAAUAAAUUUAAGCCAUUUAAAUCAAACUAUGAAUUUUAAAAAUCAUUAAAGUUCGUCAAUGCUUUCUGUUGCGACAUGUGGCUUGCAAAAAGAAUUGGAAAAUAUUACUUUUAUUGUCACACCUGUAUAUCUCGAUGUUUAUGGCACGCUUAAGCAUUCUGAAAUCGCGCUGAAUAGCUGAAUUAUACGUACAGCUGGAGAAAUGUAGAAAAUGAUAAAUGAGUAGAACGGUUAAUCACAAGUAGACAGAUAUUCACAGCUGGAAUUUUUGCUAGAUGAAAAAUACAAAAUAUAGGUUUUUGAGGCGUCGUAAAAGUAAUUAGCGUAAGGAAAGGCGAAGACGAAAACCAGCAGCACUUGUGAUUUAAAAAAACGGAGUACUCCAAGAUAAAACUAGUCUAAACCUAAAAUGGACUUUUCAAAUGUUAUUAACCGCAAUGAACCGCAUCAGCGUACAAUAAUUCACAUAGACAUGGAUUGUUUCUAUGCUCAGGUUGAAGAAAUACGUGAUCCCACUUUGCGCUCACGACCACUGGGAAUUCAGCAAAAAAAUUUUGUGGUUACUUGCAACUAUCUAGCUCGUGAAUUCGGUGUCAAGAAAUUAAUGGCCGUCGAGGAGGCACAACGUCUUUGUCCUACACUAACCUUAGUCAAUGGUGAAGAUUUGGUACCAUAUAAACAAAUGUCUCAACGUAUAUUUGAUGCACUUUUGACUUUUACACCAUUGGUGGAGAAACUGGGUUUCGAUGAGAAUUAUUUAGACGUAACAGCCCAAGUGUGUGAUCGUAUAGAAAAAAACCAAUAUGAACAUGUCGAAAGUUCUGCUAUUGCCUCCCGCAUAAUUCCCAGGGUCGAAGGUCAUAUAUAUCCGGAAGGUGCAGAACUUUCGCAAAGUUGUGACUGUGGUUGCGCACAGCGAUUAGCAGUGGGUACACAAAUUGCUAAAGAAAUACGUUUAGCUUUGCAUAAGCAACUUAAUAUAACAUGCUGUGCUGGCGUAUCGUAUAACAAACUGUUGGCAAAACUUGUAGGUUCUCAACAUAAACCCAACCAACAGACUGUUCUAUGUUCAAACUAUGCGGACGAGUUUAUGCGUAAUUUAAACAGUUUGCAUAAAGUUACUGGUAUCGGACAAAAAACAGAAUCACUGCUUCUUGAGAGUGGUAUCGCUAACAUUACUGAAUUGCAAGGAUGUAACAUGGACUCCCUUCGAAAAAAAUUUGGCUUUGAAACGGCAACAAAAUUGAAAGAUUUGUCGUUUGGAAAAGAUGUGAGUUCAGUGCGUCCAUCCGGAAAACCUAAAACAAUAGGACUCGAAGAUUCGUGUCGACCGAUAUCUGUGCGAAGGGAUGUUGAAGAUCGCUUUCGUUUGCUGCUUAUGCGUUUGGUGGAGCAGGUUGCAGAGGAUGGCCGCAUACCAAUUGCUAUAAAAGUGAUUUUACGUAAAUUCGAUCCUCAGAAAAAAACAAGUCAUCGAGAAUCUAAGCAAGUUAACAUUUUGCCUUCACUAUUUAAAUCCCAAACAGGAACGGAAAGUGGCGGUCAAAAGGUGGUACUAGCAGAAGGUGCACAAGAAAAGUUGUUGAAGAUUAUUUUACGCCUGUUCGAACGCGUUGUUGAUCUUACUAAGCCGUUUAAUAUUACUCUUAUCGGCCUUGCGUUUUCAAAGUUUCAACAACGGAAGCUCGGUUCAUCGUCCAUUGCAAAUUUUCUAAUUAAAAAAACUGAUUUAGAAGUACAGUCUAUAACUUCAUUGACAAACACUGAUGUAGCCACAUCAUCAGAGAAUCCAACUGCCUCAAUGCCUUCACCAAAUAACGACGAAGCAUUCCGUUCUUCGCCCACCACCUUUCAACCAAGUGAUCAGUUUUAUCGUCGACGAGCAACCGCUGCUUCACCUAUACCAAUGCUUAUUGACAAUGGCUUUGAAUCUGCAGCAACUAAUUCCGAUUUCUCAGAUUUCUCUGAAACUGAAAUUGAACCUUCUCCAAAAAAAAGUCGUAUUGGUCGUUUAUUAAUGGCCAAACGGCGAUGUUUGGGGAAUUCAGCCAUGUAUACUGACACUGCAGACGUUGCAUCCCCAAGUAAACUUCGUGUGUGUGAUUUGCGUUUAAAUUCACGAGACAGUGAAAAAGAUUUCAUUACAAAUCCAACAAGUACCACAAGCUCUGCAUCUUCGGUAACAUUCUCGACCACAACAACAGCAUCGACUACAUGUACACCCCUGCAACGCUUUCGAACGAUACAACCUCCUUCGUCAUUACUUAUGAAAGUUAACCGAACGUCGGCGGGAAAUCGUACCUUUACAACACAAAGACAAAUAUCGUCGACGCCAUCAUCAACAACCUCAUCGCCAUUACCAUCACCAAUGGACGAAACGGGUGGUACAGCUAGUACACCGACAAGUUGUGACAUUCCUACAACACAGACUUCUGACUCAAUUCAAUCUACUCAAUUACUGAUGGGAUAUCUUGAGGAUAUAUCAACAGAAUCUGAAUCAGUUACAACAGCUACGAACACUACUACCAUCACUGGAAAUGUCUCCAACAUUCCAUGCCCGGCAGGUGUGGAUACAACUGUAUUCAAUGAGUUACCAUUGGAUGUUCAAAACGAAUUAAUUGACUCUUGGCGCAGUUCUCUAGCUGCUGCUGCAGUUGCCGUGGCUAAUGGCAAUAUUAGAUCAACGAGUACUACUAUCGCCUCUGGUACAACUCAUACCAACCAAUCAGCAAACGCUGUCACAACUAAAUCUGGUGGUGCGACCACCAACGGCAGUGGAGCCCAAAAAAAUACCCUAUAUCGGUAUUUCCUUAGGAAUAAUGGGAAAAAAUAUUUUCAACAAAGAUAUGUGGACAUAUGUAUGCCACAUAAGAGUCAGUGUAAUAAUAGAAACCACGCAUUAACGCAGACAACCGAUAACUUGACUUUCUCCUUACUCAAACCCCACCAGCUAUCUUUAAUGCAGAAUAAUCGAGAAUGCAGAAACUUUAUUGUAAAGUUGAAACGACUACCCAUUGAUAAAUACUCCAAAAUAUAUACGCCCACCAAACAGAAUAAUGUGGCAUUGCAGGAACAAUGCAUAACUAAUUCAUUACCUGGGUCAUCAGAAAAACAAUUGCAAAUACGGAAAGCUUUUAAAAAAGUAGUGUCUAACCGGAAACGUUGUGAACACAAGAGCACAACUGAGCCAGUAUUAAAUAAUUUACCAAAAGGGUGUAAGCCAUUACGGGUUAGGGUGAAAAGAACUAACGCAGUAACACAUCAAAUAGAAAAAGCAGAGCAAGAAAUUGUUCAAAAUAUGAGAGGUACCAAAAAGGACGAAGAGCUGAAAACCAGACAUACAAUGAAGAAAGGUAGGCACACGAAGACUCCCAAAGAAUCUAGUAGUUUUUCGAAAGUAAUUGCGAAACCGAAAGGAAUAAUGUUAGCAAAUCAUGAAAUUUUGAAAAACAACAUGGGUUUAGCAAAUAUUGUCCUAACUCCGCAUCUUCGUAAAAGUUUAAAUAAACUUAGUCUAUCGAAGUGUUCAAGUGACCGAACCACAAUAGACAAAAGAUUUACGGAAAAUCAUUCCAGUUUUAGUUCGGUUAGAAACUCGGCAAUAUCUGAUGAUAAACAUGAAGAAGAUUUGUCUCACACCAAUUCCAAAGGAAGAAGGUCGUUAAAAACUGCAAUUAAUGACCCUGACUUAAUAGAGGAAUUAAUUUGUUCCAAUGACUCCGAAGAGGGACACGACAACACUAUCCAGGUCAAAAAACAUAGAAAAACCCAUAAAUUUUUUCAUCGGGUUCCGGAAGGAAAAGUACGCCUGAGGAAAAAAUGUACAAAGUCGCAAAAAAUUUUCGAUUUUUUGUCUCAAUCUGACACUUCAGAAUCUGAGAUUGCAAAGCAUGGAGACCCUGCGGCCGAUGUAAUAAAAAAAUUAAUAUCUGAAGGAAAAGUAAGAGUAGCAACUAACCAAAAAGGAACAGGACGACCUAUUUUAAAACGAGGACGGUUAAAAGCUGGAAGAAGGAAACGAGAAGUUAAUAAAAAUAAAACUUCUAAGGAAAAGGGGAACAAAGACAAUAACGCUGUUAACAAUAAACCGUCAAAAAUGGCAGAAACACUAAACAAUUAUUAUGUUGGGGCAAUAUUACCCCCACCUUAUGGAUUAGAAGAUCAAAAUGUGUCCAUGGCUAAUUACGAUCAGCCACAAAAUAUUCCUAUAAAUAUCGUUCCAGGAACGGAUCAACAUGUACGUGAUGAAGGUUUUAGUCGAAUAGCUCGCUCAGUUCUGUUGCAAGAAACAAGAAAAGUCGAAAAUACUUACAAAAAAAAUUUUACUGACAAACGGCGCUUGCUCGAGGCGGCACGUAAAUUUGUUAGUACUCCGGCCGCGAAUCGUCAAAGUAGAGAUUUACCGACCUCCGAUUUAUCACCAAUUAAAUUUCCCAGUUUGCAAAAUCGUCCUGUGUGUCCCUCCCCUUGGAGAAUAAACGAUGAUUCGCACCUACCGUCAGUAUUUAAUUUCACUAAAAAUACGUCAUGCCUGCCCACAUUUUCUAGCGAUUAUAUUCCUCCUACACCGAAGAAAAAUAAAUCCAAGGAUUCGCAAACAUGUAAUGACUCCAAUAUAACACUUCCGAUGCCCAUAACCACAAGGCAAGACAACUCCUCCACCGUAUCAAAGAAUACAGCUAAUAGUAUUCCAAGCGGUCAAUUGCAGAACACGCACGAAUCCGAAAAUGAUUCGAAUGUUGAAAAUAUGCCACCGACUGCUUUAACUGUAACGAAUAACGAUGAGAAUGGCUCCAUAUUCAAUUUGCGUCAGUUGCCUAAUCCGCGACGUACACUUGGAAAGCGAAGUCCACUAAAAGCCAUAAAUAUAAUAGAAGUUGUAAGUCUGCCAUCAUGGAAAAAAGCUGUGGAUGAUGAAGUAAACAAAGAAGUAGUUUCCACAGUUACUGGUGAUAUUGCACAAAGUGAUAAAUCAAAUGAAAAAGAUUUAUUCGGUUUUGAAGAAUUUUUAGAUCACAACUCUGACAGCGAUGGCGAACCAAAAAAAACUGAUGUAAAGUCGCUGAAUAGACAGUCGGUUAAUCGCAAUAUACGUUAUAAGCUCAAAGAUCUUCAAAAAUGGCGCCCCGAAAACUCUACUUAUAAUAAUAAAAGUGUUUCAGCAAAAACGUGUGAUAUUUUCGACAACAAUGGCCCGAAACAACGACUUAUUAAUGAAAUGCUUUGCUCGACAAAGAUUUAUAAUUUAAAUGAUGGUAAACCAAAAAAGCAACAAAAUAAUUUGAAUGAUAUUUCGAUAUGUGGCAAUGAAAAGGCAACGCAACCACCCGAAAUAGAUUUUUUUAAUGACUAUGAACCCGAACCUACGUUCCAAAAAAAGCCGACACUGCGAACCUAUGUCCGCCCUGCCAAGCGGAAACGCAAAGCGCGUCAAAAUUUCGUUAUGUUUAAAGACAGUGAAGAGUCCAAUUCAGAUUCCGAAGAAGAGGAACUUGAGCAUAUAAAUGAAGAGCCAAAGAAGAAACGACACGAAGCUCAUGAUAAUGCCAAGAUGAACACUGAAAUGGAAUCCUUUGUAAACGAAUUCAACAGCAUGUGUAAAGAAGUAGAAAACUACGAACUACUAGUGGAGUAGCUUUUUGCCUUUGCACAUAACAAUGUGUAUAAAUCUACUUGCAAAAUAUAUAUAUAUUUUUUAUUAUUUUACAUUAGUCUUCUAGCUUAGGCAGCAAGAAUAUAAAAGUGUGAGAAAAAUUAAUUGAAGGAAUUGGCCUUUAAAAGGCAUUAUGUUUAGUUUUGUUUUGUUUUGUAUGACUCUAUUAUUUUGCAAGUUUUACUUUUUAGUGUUGUAAGUGACACACUACGUUUAUGAACUAUUUCA